AAAGAUUCUUCUAUCCGAUAGGCACAAGCCAUGCAUUGCAUCUGCCUCCCCCUUCCGAAUCGGUUUCCCUUCCCGUGGGCAGUUAUUUCCUCUUUCCGGGAUGCACAAUAGUAUACCUGCCCAUUACUGGUAUUGAAUGGCGAACAAACAAUGAAAGCAUCAAGGGCAAGGAGCAUGCAAUGGCUUGCUCGGUCGAGCCAGCCUUUAGAACACCAACGAUGGCACAAAUAGCCACAGGCGAUAUGGAAUUCCAUAAAUUUCAAUUUACAAAGGAGCGAAUAACGCGCAUUGUAUGAACUUGGGGGUGCAAUAAUGUCCAUCUUUUGAAAAUUUCAGGCCUGAAUUUAACGAACGAUUAAAUUUAUCGACGAUAAAUAAAAAUCGACGUAUUUCACUGCAGCUGAUUUUUAUCAACCGCUGUGGCAGAAUCGGCGUAACGAGGGUUUGAGGAACAAUUUUCAAGAGGAAGGGUACGAAACUGAAGAGUCAAUCUCUUCUGGUCGGCGCAGGUGGAACGCUGCGGUGACUGAAUUCCUGAUCGACGAGGGUUGAGAACAGGCUGAAAGUAUCAGCUGCUGCGGUACAACAGAUGAAAAGAUUUCUUCCCCCUCACUGGCUUAACUUUGUUGAUGGCCGAUGGGGCGUCUGCCGUCUGGUUAGUCCAUCCCGUAAUUAUUUAUCUGAUCCCUUCGGCCCGCACCAGUUUGAGUCAAGAUGAUCUUGACUCGUGUGCCGGCCAGCGGGCUUCAUUUGGUCCCACAACUUUACGGUUGCAGCCUGCGGUUUUCGGUCGGGUGGCGAGCAUAACUAUGUCCCGGGCGUCCGGCAGGAGGAAGGGAGGAGAAAAAUUAGACGCCAAAGCCCGCCGGGGACGAGUUUCUCGUUUCUGCUCGAGUACAGGAACAAGUUAACGCACUCAUCGAUCAUCGGCAGGAGGAAUACAACGCUUUGGAAAACAGCUUGAAACGUUCCAUUGAAAAAAACACGGAAAUGAUAGUCCUGAAAAACGAAGUCAAGCAGUUGAGGAAGGAAGUGACUUUGCUACGCGGUGGUAGCGGCAACGAAGCGAAAAAUGAAAAACUGAGGGUACGUUGGCUAGGAAGUGCUGUAACGGAACUUCAAACAGAAGUUGCCGAGGUACUCAGGACUAGAAAUGCUAGCGAAGAACUCGCCGAACGCUCUAGAAUGCGUAGCGAGUUGACUCUUCUUCGAGGAGACGUCGCGGAAGUUGGUCGUGGCAUAAGAAGUAUCGGGGCAAGAAUCACAAGGAUCGAAGCAACCCUUGGAACCAUUCGAGUCGACAUUGGAACAAUCAAGGAACGCUCGACUCAAAUUUCAAGAUCAUGCGCCGACGUCGUUAGCCAGAUGUCGGCGGUGCAGAUUGAAAUGAAAUCGUGCAAAUGUGGCGCAGAAAUACAACAUCCUACGCACUACGGGAGCACAGGAUCUUUUCAACAUAGUAACGUAAUACGUAACGAGAUCAGAAAAGAACACUCGAAUCACCAUUUGCGACAUAGUUUAUUGAGAUCAUAUUCGAAUAGACGGAUAGAGGAGCGUCUCAUGAAUCUAGAGCGUAAGAUUUCUAUAGUAUCACGUAAACGUGAACUUGUUGAGAAAAGAGUAAUUUAUGAAAAUCAGGAUUUCUUCACCAAGCGCUUGACCGAUCUCGAAAGCGUACAGCACAGCUUGUCGAAACAAUGGUUUAACGUUACCAGGGAGGUGACCGCGUUGUCAAAGUUAAGAGAAUCUAUGGUAGAACUUUUUGAAUCCGUACAAACUAUCGAGGAUAAGGUAGAUACCAACCAACCGGAUAUAAAAAGGGAAAUUGCAAGACUGGAUGUUAACGCGGCAAGAAAGGCCGCGGAACUUUCUUUAACUCGCGAAGAACUUGGAAAUCUCAGACGUACCGUGCAAGCCCUGAGCGUCAGUGCCUCAAAAUUACAAGAAAAAAGCGAUCAGCAACAAGAAAUGAUCGCUAAUAUGAACAGCUCCAUAGUUUCUCUCGAUUUAACGCAAUCUUUGGAUACCGCCACAAAUAUUACUCACGAAUUGGAACACGUCGAAGACCAGUACAGAUUAAUUGUCGAUGCCUUACCCGGAAACUGUAACGACAGAGACGGUCUUACCCUCUUGGCACCAGGUCCAGGUGCACCCCUCCUCGCGUCUUGUAGCAAAGGAUGGAUAGUCAUAGCCAGACGCAUCGACGGUAUGGUUGAGUUUGACCGAAGUUGGAACGAUUAUGCGGCAGGAUUUGGAUCUCCGGUUAACGAAUUCUGGGUUGGAAACGAAGCACUGCAUAGAUUGACGAGAGAUAAUUGUACGAGGCUCAGGAUUGACCUGGUUGAUAUUUACGGAGGACAUUGGAGUGCGGAAUAUGAAUACUUUAAGGUAGAUUCCGAGGAAGAAAAUUAUAGACUCCAUGUUUCGGGAUACUCUGGAAACGCGACCGACGCCUUAUCGUAUCAGAAUAACAUGGCUUUUAGUGCCAAGGAUCGGGAUUUGGAUAUAAGCUCAACUGACUGUGCGGCAAAUUACCACGGCGGAUGGUGGUUCAGUCACUGCCAGCACGCCAAUCUCAACGGACGAUAUUCCUUAGGUCUGACGUGGUUCCAAUCACCCACCAACGAGUGGAUGGCUGUGGCCUCGUCGGAAAUGUCGAUACAGCGCAAAGAAGAAUGUUCAAUUAUUUGAACAACCCUAUCGGUCACGAGUCAGCCAAAAAUUCUAUUUUAUCAAAAAUCGAGCAACGAUUUGUUCGACUUUUU